AUGACAGCAUCAACUUCCCACCUCUCCGAGACUUCUGUGGCGUCGAGCCCAACAAAGGGCAGGUAUCUCUGUCUCACUAUCUGCGGCUACCGCAAGCCGGGAAUGAGUGAGGAAGACUACCGCAAUCAUAUGGUCAACAUCUCGGCACCGAUGACAAAGGACCUGAUGGUCAAAUACAAGAUCAAAAGGUGGACACAGAUUCAUAAUCAAAGUGCUACACGGGCUUUGAUGGCUCAGCUGUUUGAUCCUCAAAUGUGCAACGUCGCCGACUUCGAUUGCUUCAGCCAGGUAGUUUUUGAAGAUAUCGAGGACUACAAGCGGAUUAAACAGGAUCCGUGGUACAAGCAACACUUGAUUCACGAUCAUGAGAACUUCGCUGAUACGAAGAGAAGCUCAAUGACUAUUGGUUGGAUUGAGGAGUUUGUGAGGGACGGCGAGGUUGUCGACGGUUUCAAGGUCUGUUAAUUCACUGGUUUCAGACUCUCUCUGGACAUGGAACCGAAGGUAGCAUCUCGUUAUUUAACUGAAUCUACCAACGUCAGAUCGCAUUUUGUAGCAAAUUGAGUAUGAGAUUCCACUCAGUAGAUCCAAAAGUCAGUUACAUGUGUGUGAGGAAUGAAUGAUGGUAGCUGAGGCGGGUAACUAGACAUGGGAUAGUAUCACACAGUAAGGUAUAUUGAUUGUACUGUGCUUCAGUACACAUUUGAUGAUGAAUCUUCCGCCAGCCGAUAGCCUGCUGACGUUUCAACUUUACCACUGGAGCAGCAAAGUUCGGCACAAGUCACACGCCGUCUUGACAUUGGUAGACUAGGAAGGAUG